AUAAAAUAUGGCCUACCAUAAAGAGUAUUAUGUGUACGUAUGCCGAGAUAAAGUCAUUCGAAUUGAGUUUGCACCAGUUUCUCGCGGUUGUUCAUCGUUCAGCUCUGAAUUACAUAUAUUGAACAUUGAAGAAACAACAGAUAGCAGUUUUGAAUACAUAUAUAUAGUUUUAAUUAAACCAGAUUAUUAAGUAUAGUUUCUAAAUUAUCGGAAAUAGUAUGUUGUUGAACAUUUUAAUCUUUGUUAAAAGUUAAAUUGAGAGAAGUGUAAAAAAAAAAGAGGCAUUAAUAUUUAUUCGAAUUUAUUGACUAUAAUAAAAGAAAACUUUUAGUUGUUUAUCAAUUGAAUAAGACACUAUCACUAUCAUUGUUUAACGAGUGAAAACGAUUGGGCAAGAUCGAUCAUCUCGAACCGAUUUACUUGAACUGUUUUGCUAUUUCUUCACCAAGCUUUCCAUGGAAAAUCACGAAAUAACGAGGUAACUUUUCGUUCAGAUGGAAAAGUCACGUCGUCUAGACGGGAUGCGCUAUAUUUGCACGGUAUAUUGCACUGGUUGAAUAGCUUAUUCGAAAGUCUGGCUUGCCUCCUAGUUUGUUCAACGGACCGCUCGGUUUUUCCAUACAAAGAGAAUUAGCAUCGUCUUCUUUAUCUUUUAUUUUCCUUAUUUUUUCUAUCUUGUCUUCAUUGUUCAUCAUUUCUUUUCUCUUCUGCAGCAAAUUAUUAUCAUGUAGCAUAUUGUUUCUCGUUUUCGAAAUCUAUCACAAUCUAUCUUUUAUUUCUUUUCUAUAUAGUUUAUUAUAAUCAUUUAAAUUGAUAUAUUGCAAUCACAUUAUGGAUUAAUAAAAAAUUAAAUUAUCGCGGACUAUUUUGAAUAAAUAGUAUUUAUUGUUUGUUAAUUUGUUACUUUUGGCAUUUUCUCAAAGAAGGAAAACUGAUAAAAGUUUCGUUUUAGCUUCAUUUUGAAAAUAUAUCUUUUAAAUAAAAUUCUCGAAUAAAAAACGUGUUUAUAUUUAGUUCGAAAUAAUUGUUGACAAACGAACAACUAACAAGUCGACAAUCGCCGGAGACGACUGACAGAAGUAUUCUUUGAUCACAAAGGAAAAUGUAAAUGCUUCCCCUUUUUACUAUCUCGACGUUUCUUCUCUAUAAUCGUUCAUCUUGCAUAAUCUGAAUCGUUUUGUGUUUGAUAUCAUGUAUAAAAAAAUAAGGAUGUUGACAAACAAGACGGUUAGCACUAAAUAGUUUUACGUUAAAAUAUAAAUAAACAUAAAGUAUGUACAAAAAAUGUAUAUGAUAAUGUUAAAACCAGAAUCCAAAUUAUGUUUUAAAACGUUAUUUUUUUGAUAGUAUUCGUAUACUGAGUAAAGACAAAAUAUAAUAUAUAUUAAUCUAAUAUACAUUUCAUCUCUAUUUAUCUAUCGAAUACAAAGAAUGUAGAAAAAAAUACGAUAACUAGCCAUUUUUUUGAUUUUAUUUAGUUUGAUUUUAACACAAUCACAUAUCAUAAUCAUAAUCGCACUAUAUAUAUCAUACACUUGUGAUCUAAUAUAGUUAGCCCGACAAUGGUAGUUAUUGACGGUGUGCUUCACCCGACCUGGCUUGACCUGGUCUGACAAGGCCCAAUACACACCGACAGGAAUGACGCGCGAAAGCGAGUGGAAACCUACGAGUGAAACGAACCAACAGAGCCAGCUUCGCCAGUCAGACUUUAGCUAGCGUCCAAACCGGUGCAUUUCAUUGGUAUAAUUUCUAUUCGCACGCGCGUGAACAAUUUCCAGCUGUCGCGAAUCAACAAUUGCAAAAGAUAAAACCGAAAAUCGCCAGAACACAAACGCGCGCGUGAAAAGUUACAGACCGUGAACAUUAUAAUCAAAGGUGUGUUACAAAGAAAUUGAUUUUUAACGAAUGUGUAAAUGAACGAUGGAAUAAUUCAGAAACGAAAGCACAAUUUUUUGAAGAAAUGGAAAAUCGUUGAGCUCAAGCUCGAAGUAAGUGAUAUCGAUACACAUUUAUCUACUAAUUUUCAAAUCAUUCGUGAUAUUAAAUUGUUCAACAAUUACAAUGGAACUCGCGUUAAUGAUUAACGACCGACCUUACGACACUUAUAACAACCGGCAAUCGUGCUCGAUCGAUCGAUCGAAAUAAUUAUUGUUUCGAAACGAUGCGUAAUAUCGAUAUCAUUGAUACGUCGUCGAACGAUGUUUGUCUUUCGAAAAAUGUCACUUUUGUUUUUUCUUUCACAAUCAGCGAUGAAUUUGCCAUUACUAAAUAUUGCCAUUAUUCUAAUGAACAAGAUAAAAUUUUCUAGAAAGCUAAUAAAUUUUAUUAACAAGUAUGAAAGGAAGAAAGGCAAAAUACAUAAAAUAUGCAAAUUUUUUAUCGAAACAAAUUAUGUCAUUCAAGUGAAUCGAAUCCAGACGCAAAUCUUUAUUAACAUUCAUUAUGUUUGAUUAUAUCGUAAUUUCUUAUUCAUUCAAUAAAAUAAUUUCUAGAUUGUAAUUAGUGUUAGAUUAAGAAGAAUGUGAUGUUAGCGUCAUGAAUAUGUAGCGCCAAUUAUAACACCAAGAUAUCUUCCUGUACUUCCCUUUUCCUCCUCUUCAAGUUAUAAUGUUUUCGUUGCCGAUAAAGUGCUAACAAUUUCAUUCCUUUGCAUUAUUUACGAAUGAAAAUAUGUCUUUUGUAAGUUUAAACAUCAUGACGUUUCUUUCUUUCAUUCUCCUUUCUCUCUGUUAUUUCUUUUUAUCUGUAUCCCAUUCUUUUCUUUCUUUUUUGAAACAUAUUUUGUCUAUAUCCAAUUUCUUCCUUUUUUUUUUUUUGAAACGUGAACGACAUAUCGAAUAAGAAAAUAGGAACACAAAGAGCAAAUUAUUUACAAUUUCAGAUCAUCGUUCAACAAUGAUAAACGAUAUCAACAAUCGAUCGAAACGAUCAGACUUCGCGUGGUAAACGAAUUGGCCGCUAGUACCUUAUAAGGCGCGAAGGUUCGCACAUAACAGCGCUAUCGUUUUCCAAUCCGGCAAAACCGGCCUUUGGCCACGUUUGCUUCUCGAAUUUCGCAAUUUCGCCUUUCCAGAGAUACCUAUACUUCCCGUGAUCUCGAAACGUAAUCAAUUUCGCGAGACUGCGCAGCUUGAUUUGCACUCGAAAUGAAUUUACGAUACAAUAAUUGGAUUUACAAUAUCAUUGAAUUACAAAUAAAAAACGUCUCGUCUAGAAGAACGUUGUCCGCUAGGUUUUUGUCAACAAUUAACCCGUACAAAGCACUAAAAACGCGAGUGGUACACGUCGAGGCGUGGCGAUGCAUAAACUGUCGCACUCGACUAGCUCGUGAAACGUGUUUGCGCGGUCACGUUGGCAACACUAGCAGGAAAUAGCUUUCAUUGGACGCAGACAGAGACGCAUCGGGUCGGUUCGCCUUGCCUUGCCCCGCCACACCUAGCUGCGUCGCGCCAAAGCCUCGCCUCGUUUUGUCACGCUUCGCGUUUGCGCAAACCUUCUCGAACCUGAUCAAACGUGAACGUUUCAAGCACAAGGGAGACUGUGCGAAUUAAAAGAUUUGUUGUAUCUCAAAGAGAAUUGAAAAACUCUUCGCGAAUAGAUACGUAAUGAAACAUACGAUGUGAUCACUUAUAUAACUAGUAACUAUUUCUUUAGUGCGAAACGCGUUGCCUGUACUGAUUCCAGUUGAAUCACACUUCGAUCGAAAUCUCGUUACUCUUUUGGUUACUCUCUUUCUUUUUCAAGAGAUUUUCAAUUCACAAUGAAAUAUUUGGUGUAAAAAAUAGAAACUAUUCGAGAGGAAGAAAUUGAAAUAGAAGUAAUAAUAGUAGAAGAAGAAGAAGAAGAAGAAGAAGAAAUGAAAAUGGAAGAAAGUGAAUCAUCGCGAAAGAGUGUGGUAGAACCGCUUGCACAAGCACGAGUAAACCUUUGAUUACUGGAGGGAGAGCGAACUGAUUGACAACAAGGUGGUUUGAGCAAACGUAUAUACACGCGUUUUCAAAGCCAGGCGUACCAGCAUACACGAUACAACGUUUGAUCAGCUUGUGAACUCGUGUUGAGUAGCGGUCCCUCAGUUGAAUGUCGAGCGUAGUCAUCCACGUUCCGUUUAUCCUACUUUUCUUCGCGUAUGUUGUUCGCUCAUAAGUUGUUAUUACGGUGCAACGAAUCAUUGUUUCAAAUUAUUGUAUUUUAUUGGCAUUUGAAAGAUUUAUUAAAGGUGUUUUAAUUCGUUCAAGAAUCGAGUGAGCACAAAGGCAACAAUGUCGACAUCGGAUUUGAUCGGAUAUUCGCACGACUUUCUUGCAGAAUUUAUUCAACUUUAUCGUAGUUUUCCCUGUUUGUGGCAGAUUAAGUAUAAAGGAUAUAAGGACAGGUUGCUUCGAAAUCGUGCUUACGAUGCCCUUGUACAGAAAUUAAGGGAGGUUAAUCCGAUAGCGGAUAGAGAGACUGUGAUACGAAAAAUUAAUACCCUCCGAACUGCAUUCAGAAGAGAAUACAAGAAAGUACGGAGUUCACAGAGGAUGGUCCAAAAUCCUCGGCAACGAUACAAAUCUUCGUUAUGGUACUACGAUAUUUUAAAAUUUGUCGCGGAACAGAACGAGACAAAUCCAUUGGACGAAGAAAGGAACAUUAAGAAUGCUUUGGUUAACCCAACGGAUCUCUCUCAAGAGGAGAUAAUGUCUGUGCAAACGGACGUAGACAAGAUCGAGCCACCAUCGCCCGUACCCUCACCAGGAGCUAGUUCUGUCCCAGCUUUUCAACCGAUCAUCUUGGAAACCGAAGGAUCAUACACGAGAAGAAUAUCGAACACCGAUUACCUGAGAAGAAAGUAUCAACAGGAAAAUUUUCAAGAUCGUCAACUGAAGGAAUCGAGUCACGAACUCUCGCCAAGACAUUUCACCAGCUGCGAUGACCAUUUCGAGACUUUUGGUCGUUACGUGGCCGGUAAAUUGAGAAAAUCAAUGCCUCGACAAAGUAUCAUUGCCGAGAAGAUAAUCGCGGAAGUUCUCUUAAGGGCCAAUCUCGGCACCUUGGAAGAAAGUACUUGUCUUACGGAAAAAGUACCUUCUCGUUGCUUCUUGGUAAUGGGUGAUCGUUAAAUUAUUGAUCGAUUAUCACAUUUCUCGUUUCUUUCAAAAAAUUUUUCGAUAUAUCUAUGUGCUUUUAUCCAUCUAUUUUUUACAUAUGUGUUAAGCAUACAUAUGUAAUAAACACGGCCAUUCUUAUUCGAAGGACAAAGGAUAACGAAACGACAAUCUGAAAAAAUUUCAGUACAACAAUGGCGGAGAGGGGUCGUAUUGCGAACAAAUAAAUUCUGGCAACCAGCCAAAAUAAGGUUUUUCAUUUCACCAUGUGUCUUGAAAAACAGCGCAUGACUUUUAUUUUUUCAUUCAUGAAUAAAUUAUCGGUAAAUAUCUAAUAUUUUUAUAAAUGAAUUAUACUUGCUUAAAUUACAUCAUUUUUCAGAUUCAAAGUUUCUCGAAAUUUCCUAUAGAUUUAAUUUCAUUAUGCUUUUCUAUCUAUGAAUUUGAACGAUUUUUUGAUUUGUUGUACUAUUUGUUCUACGAUCUCAAAUUAUUUUGUAUUUAUAUAAAUAAUAUUAACCUAUAUACCAUAAAAUAUUAUAGAUUUGAAACGGUAGGAUUUUCGUUUUUUAAUAAUUCCUGUGUUAAAAGAUUAAUUUGAAAAAUUCGAUAAUUAAAUAAAUAACAAAUUAUUAAAAAGA